CACGGCCGGUUAGCAUGGCCUCGGUCUUAAGACAUGCGCUAAAUUCAGGGGUGCGCGCAUUACGUACCUCCACAUCAGCUCGUUCGCUGGCGGGAGGCGCUCGAUCACUUCCGCCCCACUUGCAAAAGUUGCUUGACUAUGGUGAAAUGUACCCUGAUCUGCUACCAGACCCUAAUAUCGAGCACCGACAUUCUUUAGCCGAAAGCCUGGAACGUAAGGAUAUGCUGAAAAGGCGUAGCGUGCUGGAUAUUCCCGAGUUUUAUGUAGGCACAUUUAUGUCUAUUAUGGUCACCGACAAAAAUGCGCCUGGAAAAAAGAACAAGUUUGUUGGAAUCUGUAUUAAAAGAGAAGGCCACGGAUUGCGUCACCGUGUGACGUUACGAAACAUCGUUGAAAAUGAGGGAGUCGAGCUCAUGUACGAUCUCUAUUCGCCAAUAAUACUUGAAAUACAGGUGCUUCGGCUGCAGAAGCGACUUGACAAAAAUCUUUUAUAUCUUAGAGAUGCACUCCCAGAGUACUCGAUGGUGCCAUGGGACAUGGAGCCCGAACAGCAUUCGGAAGGAAGGCCUGUACCGAUCGAUGAAACGAAGGUCAUUAUGAAGCCUUUGCCCUGGACGCAAAAAUGGGAGCGCAAAGAGCUUAAAGGCAUAAUUAUACCAUUCGACAUACCUGAAAAGCGCGCUAAAAGAGGUGUGGAAAUUUCCAAACCUUGGGAGAAAUAUGACUUGAUGAAGGAUUAUCGCUCGCAAAUAUCUAUCGAAGACCAGGCUGUUGUCUGGAAUGAAGUAGAACAACACCGAAGAACGGUUGAGGAGCAGCACAAAAGAAACCGAAGAAGAAAGCUACUGGAGACGCAGGGCUUGUCGCAGACCUAGGUUCUGUAACGCGUGCAGAACUUACUAGGAGGUUGAAGCUAAGAAAAGUCUCAAAUAAACACAAUGUAAUUUGGUGUCGGCCAAGACGACUACUGUAUAGAAAAAUAGGUUCAGUAGAUUAUUUUACCUUGUACUUGGUUUUAAUAUACUGUAAAUGCGAAUAUUUAGCAGCCUUUUAUAAAUAAAUUUGGACUAGUGCGCGAUUUUUCCUGUUGUUUGAAUAUAUAUAUACACGAUAAGGCACAGACCUUAUGUUAAAACAAGAAAAAAAUUUAGACAUGCAUGCGAUUUGCUCUGUAGAACUAUCAUGUGCGCUGUCUUUCUUGCGCACCUUUAUUGCAUUAUUAUCAGAACAAGCUUACGAUUGGUUUAAAAAUAGGCGAAAUGAUUUCGAGGUAAGGUCUCGGGCAAAUGUGCACGUCGAUCUCGGCAAUCGGACUGUCGAUGUAGCCAGUUACUUUUCGUAAUUGGCUAGACACAAUAUGUUCAAAGAUAUUACGCAAAUCAUUUUUGGCUACAUUUGGCUGACGCUCCGCUAAGAUAGUGGUACGCGUAUCAUUAAGCUUCGAGUCUUCGGCGAUGGAAAUUUUUGUAUGUUCUAGAUGCAUCCUAAUAGAAGUGAUGCCGUUUAAAGGUCGAUAUUAGAUAGAAAAGUUGAAUGGUUAUGAUGAAGGAAAUAUCUUUGAGUGAUACAAGAUGAAAGGCUAAGACAACCAAUUAAAAAAUAUCCGCGUUUUCAAUCUCAAUGUAGAGGUUUUCUGUUAUAUAUAUAUAUAUAGUGGCCUAGGUAUCUUUUUUUCUACCGAGAACUUAGCAUAUUUGUUAAAACCUAUUACAUACCGAUUCGUUACAAAUUUAGAAUGACAUUUGAACAGCUGAAAAUAACAUAUAAAUGUGAAUAAAUGAAAAUAAAUGUGUUGGUA